UUUCUUUUAAGUGACGUCACUUCAUUGAGCUGUUUAAGAUGGCGCUACGGCCCGGAUCGGGGGGAGGUGGCAGUUUUAUGUACCCUGUUGGAGGGGGCAUUGGACCACCGCAAGGAAUGAUGCCCAUGCAACAGCAACAACAACAGGGCUUCCCCAUUGUACAGGUCAUGCAGCCCAACAUGCAGGGCAUGAUGGGAAUGAACUUUGGAGCACAGAUGCCUUCAGCCAUGCCUAUACAGGGUGGGAUGGCUAUGGGCAUGCAGACUCCUGGGAUGCAGUUCAUGGGUCAACCUCAGUUCAUGGGAAUGAGGGGCCCGGGGCCACAGUUCCCCGCUGACCUGCAGAAACAGAUGGCAGAGGAACAUCAUAAGCGUCUGGAGCAGCAGCAGAAGAUGCUGGAGGAGGACAGGAAGAGAAGACAGUUUGAGGAACAAAAGCAGAAGUUACGUCUUCUGAGCAGCGUCAAACCAAAAACUGGGGAGAAGAGUCGUGACGAUGCCCUCGAGGCCAUCAAAGGAAACCUGGACGGCUUCAGCAGAGACGCCAAGAUGCAUCCCACACAAUCUUCACAGUCUAAGAAACCAGACUCAUCGCCAUCUCAUUCCUCUCUUACCUCUCAUUCCCCUGCUUUCCCCGACGACGAUGACGAGUUUAGUGACUUUGUUCAGGGCCCAGCCGAUUCCUCCUCUUCCUCCUCAUUCCCCUCUUCCUCCCUCCCUCCAUCCUCACCUUCACUGAGAGCCGGCCAGCCGUUAGAGGCGGGGUCCAGUCCACACCCCCCCUCAUCUCCCGUCCCCCCCUCACACCCUUCAUCUCUCUCCGUCCCUCCUGUCAUCCAGCACUCUGUCAUCUCCAGCUCCCAAACUACGUUUCAAGGCCCGUCUCUGGAGGAGAAGAUGUUCUCGUCGUGUGACUUGACAGCUGAUAAGAUGGCCCAGGUUAGUUUUAAGGCACGGCAGGCUCUAUCCGAAAUGGGCCCCAAAUGUCACGUCACGGCCCAGUUUCAUAGCAGCUCCAAUGCCCGAAACUGGGCUCAAACUCGAGAUGACUUCGGUUCAGCCUUCAUCAUAGAGGCGGCAUCUGAGCCUCGACCUGGGGUUCAAGCGCCCCCUGCUGCAGAAACCCUGCCGGUACAACACACUAGCUCCAGCGGUGUAGCCGUCUACCAACAAGACAUGCAGCCCAUGGUGCCAGCCUGGUUGUACAAUGACACGCUUAUCCCAGAAUUGUUCAAGAAGGUCUUUGAGUACACCAUGACACCAGCAGGCAUCGACACGGCUAAACUCUACCACAUUCUGAUCUCAUCGGGUCUGCCAAGAGAAGCCCUCGGGCAGAUUUGGGCCCUGGCUAACCGUACGACACCUGGAAAGCUUACAAAGGAAGAGCUGUAUACUGUAUUGGCCUUGAUCGGAGUCGCCCAGAGUGGCCUUACUGUUAUGAGUCUGGACAUCCUGAGUCAGUUUCCCUCUCCGCCUGUGCCCAAUCUACCUGCCAUGGCUAUGGCCAUUCCUGCUGUCCUGCCUCAGCAUCAGCAGUCCAUCAUGACCCAGCCACCCGUAUCCAUGCCCAUGCCUGCCCUGGCACCACCUGUCAUGGGCAUGACCCCGAACCCGCCGGGGCAAACACCCGCCAGCUUCAUCCCCAACUUCCCUCCAGUUCAGGCUGCCAAGGCAGAUGACGAUGAUUUUCAGGAUUUCCAAGAAGCCCCCAAAGCGGGAACGGGAGACGACUCAUUUGCAGAUUUCCGAGGAGAAACAGGGGGAGCGUUUCCGAGCGUGGCUUCAUCAUCAUCGUCAUCCCAGAGCGGUGUUCCUGCCAUGCUGACUCCAGUAUCUGGAUCUUCAUCCAACUCCUCCUCGGAUAAAUAUGCAGCGUUUAAGCAGCUGUCAGUGGAGCAGCCUGCAGAAGCCACGCCGUCCGUCUCAGAUUCUGGGGACAAAUACAGUGUUUUCCGAGAGCUUGAGCUGCCUUCAGACAGAAAAACUGUUGGCGAGGGAUUUGCUGAUUUCAAGUCUGUCAGUGCCGACGAUGGCUUCACAGACUUCAAAACAGCCGACACCGUUUCUCCACUAGAACCACCAGACCAGGCCAAGUUCCAGCCAACUUUUCCUCCUCCUUUCGUUUCCUCUCAAUCUCUACCGUUGUCACAGCCAACCUCUUUGGCUCAACCUAGAAAUCCUCUUAAUAUGGCAGACCUGGACCUGUUCACCACAAUUGCUCCUCCUGCUCCCACCGCCGACGCCAAACUCAAUUUGUUCCCUUCUGUGCCCCCGGUUACUGUCCCCAAACCUCCCAGCAUUGGAGGUGAGGAGUUUGGCGAUUUUGCUCUUUUCGGCUCGUCCGAAGCAUCACACGGCACCCCCACGACGGGAAGAGGAGCGGGGGCAGCGGUGCAAGACGACUUUGCUGACUUUAUGGCAUUUGGGAGUUCGAGAGAUCAGAAAAAUGCUGCCGUUUCUGCAGACGGCAACAGCGAUGGCCAGGCGGAGGCGUCCCAGCAGAGCCAGCAAAUCGGUGCCGAUAAGUACGAUGUCUUCAAACAACUUUCCUUGGAGGGCGGCCUGGCCUACGACGAUAACAAAGAAAGCGGCGGGGGAUCUUUCUCGUCGCUCAAGAGCGACACCGACGACUUUGCAGACUUUCAGACCUCAAAGUUCUGCACGGCACUGGGGGCGUCCGACAAAAGUCUAGUAGACAAAGUGGCCGCAUUCAAGCUGGCCAAAGAAGACUCUGCCUCUGUUAAGUCUCUAGACCUCCCGUCCAUCGGGGGCAGCAGCGUGGGAAAGGACGACUCAGAAGAUGCGCUCUCGGUUCAGCUGGACAUGAAAUUGUCUGACAUGGGAGGAGACCUGAAGCAUGUGAUGUCCGAUAGCUCUCUUGAUCUCCCCGGUUUGUCGUCCCAUCAACCCCCUGCCGCAGAAGCUGAUGAUUUAAAAUUUGACCCUUUUGGCACGUCAGCCGUAAGCAGUCUGGGCAGCUAUGACUGGUCAGACAAAGAAGAUCUUUCAUCUGCUCAGGGUAAGAAGCUCCAGGGAGGUGCACUUUCGUCUUUAGCUGUGGUCCACAGGAAGGAGACGUCUUUCGGAAGCUCAGAGAAUAUCACCCACACCACGGUUGCCAAGGUGACCACCUUCCCAAUCGAAGAUGGUGCUGCCUCCACCGGGAGCCGGAUCGAAGCAUUUGCUGACUUCGGCUCCGUUGAGCAGUCUGGACAAGAUGAUGAUGACUUUGGCGACUUUGCCAGCACGGUUUCUGAAAAAUCCGACUCCCCUCCCAGUACUGCUGACACUGGCUCGGAGGGCAACCAGGCCGAAACGUCAGACGAGUUCGGUGCCUUUCAAGGAGACAAGCCUAAGUUUGGCAAAUCAGACUUUUUGAAGGCAAGCGUGCAGGCCAAGCUGAAAUCCAGCGAGGAGAUGAUCAAGGACGAGCUCGCCACCUUUGACCUGUCUGUGCAGGUCUCCCAUAAACGCAGCCACAGUCUGGGAGAGAAAGAAAUCGUCCGGUCCAUACCCUCUCCUGCCCCUGAACAGCCCUUCAGAGACCGCUCCAACACCCUGAACGAAAAACCAGCGCUGCCCAUCAUCCGCGACAAGUACAAGGAUCUCACCGGAGAGGUGGAGGAGAGCGAGCGGUAUGCGUACGAAUGGCAGCGGUGUUUGGAGAGCGCUCUACAGGUUAUCACCACUGCCAAUAACAGCCUUAAUGGCAUCAGCAGUUCCACAGUGUGCACAGAGGUCAUCCAAUCAGCACAGGGGAUGGAGUACCUGCUGGGUGUGGUGGAAGUGUAUCGUGUGACCAAGCGAGUUGAGCUGGGAAUCAAAGCCACGGCCGUUUGUUCUGAGAAACUGCAGGAGCUGCUUAAAGACAUCAGCCGUGUGUGGAACAACCUGAUGGGCUUCAUGUCGCUAGCAAACCUUACUCCCGAUGAGAACUCUCUGGACUUCUCCUCCUGUAUACUGAGGCACGGCAUGAAGAAUGCGAAGGAGCUGGCGUGCGGUGUGUGUCUGCUCAACGUGGACUCUCGCAGCAAGAAGAAAGACGAGAACACAUUUGGACGCCUGUUUAAAAGAAAAAUGAAAACUGGAGAAACUGAAAAAAUACAAAACAUCUUUUCUGCUAUUUUCACCUGACCUCAAAUACAGCAAAGAAAUCAAAUUCAUAUUCACUUUUCCUAAAUGCAUGUACAAAUUUUACUGUUGUAUUGCUUAAAAGUACAAAAAAAACCAUAAUCUAGAUUUUGAUCACAGUUUUCAUGUGUCUUGUCAUGCUGUCAGUCUUUCACAUAGCUGUUGGAUGAAUUUGUCACUCCUGAGGUUUGAUUUUGUUGAAAUUCAACAGACACUGGACUGGAAUGACCACAAUACAUCUAGAAAUGCUGAUUAAAUGUAAAUCUGGAAUGGUCUCUUAACUUUUUCCUGUGUAUACUGUAUUGAUAUAUUCACCAUAUCAUGAAAAUGGCCUUGGAUGGGUUUAAUAAACAAUACUUUUACAAAAUUUUGUUUACAAAAAGUUUUAAGUAAUGUUUUGUCAGGCCACUGGAUUAAAAAAUGGUUAAAGAAAUGUUUUCGGAUCCCUAAUGAAAACAUAAUAAGGUGAAUAUAUUUAAAUGCAUUGUCUUGGUCCUAACACAACUCUUAAGAUCACACCGGCAUGAUGGAUCAACACAAAUGAGUGGCUAGAUGAUACUUUUGAAUGGAAACAAUAUAUCUCUAUGAAGCCAUUUACACCAGCUAUUUACGUGUUCAGUCACAUCACAACAAAAUGUUGUUUUUUUUCUAUCAAAACUUUUGUUUCCAAAGCUUAUAUUGCGCUAAAAAUCCUUUUUCGAGGUCACUUCAUUGUUAUUUUAUCAUUUACAAAUUGGCAAGCGCCUCAUGCUCACUUUUAAGCAAUAAAACAGUAAUAUUUGUAUGUAUAUUUAGGAAAAGUUCCAAAAAAAAAAAUGUGAUAACAUUGAUUUUUAUCACAGUUUUCAUGUGUCAUGUCUUGCUGUCAGUCUAUCACAUUGAGAAUCCCAGUCGACUGACGAUUGGCUCUUUUAAUUGUAAGGCGAGACUUCUUUCGCUAGAGCGGCCAUAUUAAGUGUUGCAUUCCUUGCAUUCACAGUAAUGUAAGUGGCGCAUCUUGUUAACAUCAAUUAGCUUUGGCGCCACAUAUCUAAUAGGCGUCACGCCGUGUUUGGUGUGAAAAAAUAUGCUACAAAACUUUCUUUGAUAUUGUGGGAACUAUAGUUACAUGCAUGUUACUGUUUUAAUUUUCUAAGUUGCCCCUUCCUGUAGUGUUACUAUUUUGCUAAGGCUUCCGCCUCUAAAUGGACAGCUCUUUCACCGCUGGGUCUCUGGUGCUGAUCGUUUUACUCGCAUAUAAAACAAAUUUUUCUAUCUAAUGCUAAUGCUGUUU